ACGGGCCAACCAUGUAGCGGACGUUACUGUGAGAACCAAUAAAAUAUAAUUAACAGAAACCAUUUUGUUUCUUUAGCAGAGUCUUUAUACCAUAUCCCCCCAAAAGGAGAAUGAAGGCGCUAAGCCCAAAUACACCGCAAUGGAUGGAAUCACACUUAAAAGACAUUCCUUGUUCCUUCAACGUAGGCAAGGCAAAGUUAUGUAUUAAGAAAGAGGAAUGUGUAGGAUUAGAAGAUCUAUGGGUGACCACUGAGUUCUGGUACUAUUUAGAAGACAAAUUAAAACACAAGAGAUGCACUUACAUUCCAGACUCAUGGAGAAAAAAUCUGCUUACGCGUUUACUGGUAGAGCGGGGACAUGUAGCUGAAGGACUCAAGAUCAAUCGCGAGGUUCUGUCAGAUACAAACAACACUAACCUGCCAGCGCUUGCAAAUCUUGCAUACAUCAGCCAUUUAACUAACGACCUAACAACAAGAGACGAAACCCUGGGACAAAUAGAGCUCAUCAAAAGGACAGAAUGCCAUAAAACUAUGGCAAAGUCAGUCAUUGAAUAUGCCUACUAUUUCUGCCAACUCUCAAGCGAUGAAAAGAGGUUUGAAUCCAUUCACAAAAUUUUACAAUUUUUAGUAAAUACAAGCUCUAUAUCCCUUUUAAGUUCUAGAGAAAAACUUUCAGUGCUAGAACUCUUUCAGAAAUGUUGUAGUCUGGACGAUCAACUCCAUAAAACGUUCUUAGAAAUUUUUCGUGACAUAGUGGAAGGGAAUUGCAGCAAAGGUUGCAAAGCUAUGGCAUAUUUACAGCUCAGAGAAUUUAGGCAAAGUGCCCGUGACCAGUUUGACUGGCCGCAGGAGCAGACGUCAUAUACUGACCGCGCACUGCUAAGACAAGCAAAGCGUUAUGGCUCUAAAGAUGAUGUGGUGAUGUACACUCUAGGUUUGACCUAUUACCACAAAGAUAGGCGUCAGGCGGUUUCAUAUUUAGAAGAAUCACUUCAACUCAACCCGUCAAACCCAUCAGCACACUAUCAAUUGGGUAAACUAUAUACACAUCUAGCCAAUUCAUGGGAAAGAAACAGAAAGAAUAGAAAGAACAGGCCAAAGGUCAUUAGCACAAAAUCUGUUCAAAUCGGCAUGGAACUCCAAGCUAAGUUAAUUUUGUAUGCAGGUGAAUUGAGGAGGUAUUCUGACGGUAAUCCUUGGAUAGUCAAAUCAACAAAACACUUCGAGCAGUAUUUAAAAACGAGUCGAUUUUUAUUUCCUUUAGAUUAUUACCAGGUAGCGUUUACCUACAUUCAAAGAGGAUCCUACAGACUAUGUUUACGCAUGUUAAAGAACUGUCAAGACUGGAAGAGCAAACAACUCCAGAUAGCUGUGUGUAUCCUUGAAGCCAUGGCUUGGGCUGGACAGUCAGGAUGCAGAAAGUCAAGCCUGAACUCACAAAGUCAAAUCGAAAAAGCUGUCAAGUUGCAUCAUAACAUUCCUCAAGAUCAGUUUCUUUCAGACGAUGAAAUAAGACGAUUGUUUGAGGAAAUCCCGAAGGUUGAGAAAAACAUGAAGCUAGAUUUGACGCGAUCAAUCACCGAUAGUCAGUGUUAAACUGAGUCUUUACACUUUAUAUUUGUACUAGUAUUGAUUGAUAUAUGUUUUUAAUUGCUAUUGGUAUCAACAAGUUAUAUUUUCUAAAGUAAGGCUUAAUAAGGCUUUAUAAACUCUGUUUUUAUGUUUUUUUGUUUUUUUACGAACGCUAUUUGUUUGGUGCUGUUGUUACUGUGGUUACAAACUCUUGUCAAUUUUUCAUAAGGAUAAAUUCUUAAACGGAGAUAACUCUUGUCUCCUGACAUUAUGUCACUAUCUGUUAACUUUAGCAAGAUUUAAAUGGUUCAAUGAGGUUAUUUUUUCAAGGGAGGUAAUAAAUAAAAUAUAUACGAACGCCAUGAAUUUUAAGAGAGGUAAUUUUUAAUCUCUAAUUUUUUUAUUGUUUUGGUCAGGUAUAAAUAUAUUUUAGUAUGAUUGUAUUUUUUUUAAAAGAAAAAUCUGUUCAAAACCUUAAUAUUGCUCAAUUUGAAUAAUUUUGUACCUUUUAUUAACAACUACAGUCAAAUUUCAUUUAAAAACGUAAAAAUGUUUUUAAGAAGUUAAUCUUAAAAACCCUUUUUUGAAAAGUCGGGGUCGCCAAAUUGUUAUGGUAAUUUUUGUCCGGGGUGGACCUAGAUUUACCCCAUAAAGUAAUCUGUGAAACAAUUCUCAUAGGAUUAAUCGUGUAAAUAAUUUGUUAGUGUUUAAAUUUUCUCUAUGUAUAAGUUAUGUAUUUUGUUUUUUUAAAUCAUAUGUACUAAUAGUGGUGAUAUCAUGUAAAGUGCAACUUAAAACGAUAAAAUGCUAUGAAACCUUUUGUAACUAUUUUCAU